AUGCCUCAAAGGCGCAGUGCCUUCGCUGGUGGCUCCGGCUCUGACUCGCCUCUCCCUCCACCUAACACGGCGGGUAAGCAGAAAACGAGGGCCAUGGAGGAAAAGGCCAAGCUCUCCGGAAGGCUGUCGUUCAAGAUUAGCCCUGCAGGCGAAAGCGGCCGACGGGGCAUCCAUCCAUGGAUUUUCGUGCGAAUUGUCUUUCGAUCGUCUAACAUGGCGGGUACAUUAUGCAACCUGUUGUGGCCUGUUGUUCCUGCUGCCAUUGCGGUGCGAUAUUCCUUGCCUGAUCAUCACCUUCUCAUCUUUGCCCUUGCAUACGUUUCUAUGGUACCUUGUGCCAACUCGGUUGGCUUCGCGGGGCAGCAACUGGCUCGGAAGCUCCCCCACGUCCUCGGUGUCUUGACCGAAGUCCUACUUGGAGCAACUGUUGAAAUCAUCAUGUUCAUUGUCCUGCUGAGCAAAAACGAAUUUUACGUCAUCAAGGCUGCCAUUAUGGGCUCCAUACUGGCAACCCUGCUUCUCUGCCUGGGGCUCUGUUUCUUUGUCGGUGGCUUGCGCCGUGCAGAGCAGUCAUUUAGCGAGACUGUCAGUGAGACGGGCCAUGGCCUCCUCCUAUUAGCUGGUGUGACGAUCGCUGUGCCGACUAUCUUCGCUUCUGGUCUGAGUAACUAUGGCCUCACACAAGAGGACAUCAACAACAAGUCCCUGAGCAUCUCACGAACCCUUUCCAUACUUCUCAUCAUCGCCCAUGUCGCGUUCGUCUACUUCCAGGCCCAUUCGCACCACGGUAUCUAUGAGGCCAUAUUCGAGUAUGACGAAGAGCGCGACAGUGACAAGCUCCAGAAAAUGGAAAAGUCUAAACUCACACUCACAGAGUGUCUCCUAGCACUUGCCGUGGCCAUUGCCCUUACAACCCUCAUCGCCAUCAUAUUGGUCCUCCAGAUCCCCCGCGUCGUAGAGGCCUCGCACGUGUCGGACCCAUUUAUCGGCCUCAUCCUCGUGCCUUUCGUCGAGAAGUUUGCCGAACACCUCACCGCCAUAGACGAGGCUUGGGAUGACCAGAUGAACUUUGCCUUGUCCCACGUACUGGGCGCCACCCUCGCCACAUCCCUCUUCAAUGCACCCCUGGCCGUCAUUGUUGGUUGGGGUCUCGAUAAGAGCAUGGACCUCAACUUCGAUAUCUUCAACCUCGCCAUGCUCAUCCUCUCCAUCCUCACAGUCGGCCGCUUCCUCCAGGACCAAAAGAGCAAUUACCUCGAGGGGUUCCUCAUGGUAAUUUUAUACAUAGCCAUUGCCGUCUCAUCGUGGUACUACCCCAACCCCGUUGAGCGUUAG